GCAUCUCUUCUCUACCCAUCAGCCGCUAUAGAAGAGACAUAAACCCAAAAUGGCCGAUGACCAGAGACUGCUGACCGACGACCGGACGGACAAGAGGAAAUGCGACGACUUCGCUGCCCUGUAUGGGCUGGAGGGAGCCGCAGCAGCCCGUGCCCUGCCCGAUCACUCCGGAGCUGUGUGCUUUCUUUGCAACUGAUUCUCUGCCAAUGGAUAUCAGUGCUAAAAAAGAGGACACUCCCCCCACCUCUUCAGACAGCUCAAUUCGGACUCAGCUCGAAGCGCUGCUGGCCCGGCGCAGUAUGGAAUUUCUGGGCACUGCGUCCGACUACGCUAUGGGUGGCCCCAUGCAGGACAAGAUGAACCAACUGGAUGAAGCUUUCUCAGAGAUGGAAGCUGUUCAGGGUCGUCGAAUGGUUUUCUACACGAUGCCCACCUCCGUCACGUCGUCCACCCUCAGACACGUCCAAAACGGAGUGUUGAGCGCAGCUACAGAAGGUGCCUUCAAGAAGCUGAAAGUCGAGACGAGUCCUAGUCUGGUGACGUCAGCAAGCAGUCUGACGCCCCCCACGACGACGCCGGGGUCGAGUGCGAGUACCUGUCCUCCCACCCCCGCCCGACGUCGACACAGGACCACCUUCACACAAGAACAGCUCCAGGAGCUCGAAGCAGCUUUUGCCAAGUCCCACUAUCCGGACAUCUACUGCAGAGAGGAGCUCGCCAGAAUUACCAAGCUCAACGAAGCUCGGAUCCAGGUAUGGUUCCAGAACCGACGAGCCAAGUACCGGAAGCAGGAAAAACAGUUACAGAAGGCACUCGCAGCGCCCUCUGUGCUCCCAACCUGCAACGGCGCCAUGAUGCGCAACAUCUACCCGACGGCCACGGUGGCUUCGAGGGGCUAUCAGUACCCACCUCCAAAUGCCAUGAACAGUAUGGGCGGGAGGUACCAACCUAUGGCCUCCAGCUACCCACCCAUGGCAGCUCAGCCCUUCUCCAUGGGCCAUGCCAACCCUAACAUGGCUGCGGCCAUGAGGCAAGACGCAGAUGAAGACUGGUACAACAAGAGCUUUCCUGCCCUCAGAAUGAACACGACGCCGCAUCCAAACCUCUCUGCGGCGCCCAUGCUGCAGUACCAGACGUAAUAGCAUUGUGCAGUUUUGCACAGAAACAUAAAAGAAAGUGAUCGGGUGUUUGUUUUAUGGCGUUUGGCAAGACCUCCUCAGCGAACCUUAGUUUGAAACGUCAAGGUGCUGGAGUUUCUUAUCUAUUUUACCCAUGAAACAAGUAUUUUUUAUAACACGCUCAUUGCCAUUCGUUGGAAGAAACGGAACGUUUUAUUCACGCAAAUGAAUAAAGAAAAUGUUAAGUUAUGAAUCUCAAAGAUAUGAAUAUGUUAAGUUCAUAUUCGUUAACAAAGUUCCUGAUGAAUGGACUGGAUUAACAGCACCUACUUUGUGUUCAGAUGCGAUGAAUAUUCUUGAAAGUCAUUAUAGUCAUCACAUAAAAAUAGAAGAAAUAUAAUUAGUCAUUAAACAGUACAAGGGGAAAAUGAUAUAAAAAUCAAACAAAAUCAGGAGAAAUAUUUGUAGGCAUCAAGUAAAAUCAGGGGAAAUACAUUUAGUCAUAAAGUAAAAUCAGG